CACUUUACGUAUUAAAAACAAACCCACAAGAGUUGGAUACUCACGCUUCUUCUUCUUUUUUUUCACCGAUAUUUUCCAAUCACACUUUUUUUAAACUUUUCUUCUUCCUGGCAUCACCCUUCGGGUGAUGAUAGCUUUCUAUACCCGUGAACCACAAAGCCAAAUAUCUUCACCAACACUUGCUUUCCCUCACUAUAGAUAUUUCAGAUACCGUCGCUUAAAGUACUAAACACCACGCAUCAAUCUUUUUAAAUUUUACAUCUUUACCCUUCUCUGUAAUCUCCAUGCCAAACACCAAAAACCAACGUAAUGCUCCGGUGGAAACUCACCGGCGAGGCAAAUUAACAGAUAAAUCAUUGUCUUUUCACGGCCACACUUCACUCUCGGCGGCCACGUUGGCCACUGCACAAAUUCGCCGACCAAAAACGAUGCCGGAACUCGUAUUAUACAGGAAGCGUGCAGCAACGAUGACGACGCCGGACAUUUUCCCGAGACAGCCGUCGAAGUUGCUGCUGAAGGUUACCAUGAUGGGGAGUCUUGGUCCUGUACAAGUGUUGAUAACACCAGAAUCAACCGUUGGAGAUUUGAUCGCGGCGGCGGUGUGCAUAUACGUUAAAGAAGGUCGCCGUCCAAUCUUGCCGUCGAAGGAAGCUUCCUGCUUCAAUCUCCAUUACUCCCAGUUCAGCUUAGAAAGUUUGGAUAGGAAUGAGAAGCUGAGGGAAAUUGGAUCAAGAAAUUUCUAUAUGUGUCCUAAGAAAUUUGGAGAGGGUGAGAAUAACGGUGGUGACGGUAGCGUAACGGCGUCGUUUGGUUCAUGUUCAAGAGAAGCGGAAAAAGCGAGCAAAGGUUUUGGUUUGUUAAGGUGUAUGGAUUUCUUGCUGUAAAAAUGGUUGGUUCAGAAUGAAUCACCACUUGUACAUGUUGUUUCCAAUAAUUUGUUUUUAUUAUUAUUUUUUGUCUUUGAAAUAAAACUGUGAAUGAAUUAUGAAUGGUUUGGCCGGUUACUUGUAAAAUAGGUCGGCUAUGCUAGUUGUAGUAGAUUUGUAGAGUGGAAAUGGCAAAGUAGCGUCAAUGUCUUGAAUUGUUUUUUCUUCCUCUUUAUAUAUUUUCUUUCUUUUG